UAGCUUAAAGCGAGUUGUCUUGACUGGACCCCCAGCAAUAACUCGUGUAUACGAGGGAUUCUGAAAUGGAACCAGAAGUCCUUCUGUCUCAAAGCAAAGCUAAUAACUGGGAUAUCAAUGACAUGAAACUGCCACGGGAAUUGGAGAAAGCUGACUGGUUCCAGGAGUGGCCCGACUCCUAUGUAAAACACAUUUACAGUUCUACAGAUAAAUAUGCACAAAGACACCUGAGUGGCUGGGCGAUGCGCAACACCAACAAUCAUAAUUCUCGUAUUUUGAAGAAAUCCUGCCUUGGUGUCCUUGUCUGCAGCAAUGACUGCACAGCUCCAGAUGGCAAAAAGACAUACCUGAGACCUGCCAUAUGUGACAAAGCACGGCAGAAACAGCAAAGUAAACAAUGUCCAAAUUGCAAGGAGUCAUUGAAACUAGUAUCCUGUCAUGGCCAUGGUGGAUUUCCUGUCACCAACUUCUGGAGGCAUGAAGGACAAUUUAUAUAUUUUCAGACUAAGGGGGUUCAUGACCAUCCAAAACCUGAAACAAAGCUAGAAUCAGACAGCAGAAAGACAGUGAAUAAGAAGCGCACAUCAAUUGAAUCCACUUCUGCAGAAUACAAGUGGAACAAGAAUGCUGAGCCUCUUGCAGGUGAAAUACAGAACCAGGACAACAUGUCCAGUGCAGCUUUUCAGCAAGAGGUUUGCCCAUCGUACUAUGAAUUUAGGGAAACGGAGCCCCUGAGAAAGACGUACAACUAUUUUACGGAAACUUUAAAUGGUCUGGGCUGGAGUAAAGACAACAGAAGUGGGAGCCUCAAUGACAGUGAAGACUACAAUGAACCUGAUCUGAUUGCUUCUGCUAUGGAUUUUGAUUUACACAGUGAUGAUGACCAACAAGCAGGAAUUAAUUCUCUCUUUGAAAAAAACCAACAUUUUAACUACAAAAACCCACUUGAUGAUCUGUGCUGGGAUAUGACAUCUUUACAUGACCCCCACACUAGCCAGCCAAUGCAAGUUUUGGAGUUUCCAUCCAAAAUCAGUGUGGCCACCUUAAAUUCCAUAGCAGAUAAUCACCUAUCACCUGACUACCAACAAAGCCAGGAAGAGUCCUACCUUUACAGAUUUAGCCAGCUGUCUCCACCUUUAUAGCACUGAAUAUCCAGGAGAUGAAAAAAAUGAAUAUCAUUCAUUUAACAAAGGACAUAAUGUAAGACCCAUUGUCUCCAGUCACUUUGAUGUGAUGGACACACGUUAAACACUGUAAUUUAUAUGUCAUG